AUGUUGUAUAAAUUCGGCAGCACUGAACAUUCCUCAAGGCGUUUCCAAGAGACGAUCAAAAUGGCAUUCAAGAUUCUCAGUAUCUUUCUCCUCGUGUGCUUGGUGGGCUCCAUUCACUCCGCAUCAUUCGAAAGAGUGAAACGUGAAGAUGGAGAGGAAACCACGGCAGUACCAGCGACUGAAACCACUGAUUCAGGAACAACUGCUCAACCUUCUUCCACCAGUACAUCAACCAAGUCUCCACUGGACUUUGGAGCCAUUUUUGGAAACUUUGGGCAAAUAUUCCCGAGUAACAACGGCAACGGUCAGAAUUGGUACGAAGGCGCUAGCUCUUUCUUGACCAAUGUGCCUAACUGGUUUGGUCCACAGAGGUCGUAAAUCGUGAAUAUGUGAGCUUAAAAUAUUAUUAAAUAU